AGGCUGGAAAACACGAGAGAGAGAGAGAGAGAGAAACAUUUUCUCGAGCUGAUCCCGCCAUAGUUUUUCCCACUCCGCCACCAUACACCCAUCACCAAAUCCACCCAGUACACCCCACCUCCUCCACUGCGUGAUAGUGAGGCUAUAGGCUGCUGCUUUAUUCGUUUACUGGGGCCGGCUGCAAGUCUUCUCCUGCUCCACUUAUUCAACUGGAUUUACAGCUAAUCUCAACGCUCUCAUCUGUUUUUACACUUUUAAAAUCUUUUUUAAAUUUUUUAUUUUUUUUUGCUGCGGAUAACUAGCCUAUAACUUGUUUCGAUUUGUAUUCUUUUUAGAUCUGCGUUUUCGGUUCGGAUAGCAUACUCUUGCCCUCUUCUGUGAUUUUUAGUGUGGCAAGUGUGGCAAUAUCUUGUUGCGCUAUAAGCAAAUUUAGCAGAGAAACUUUUUUUUUUUGCUGGCUUCAAUUUGAGUUAUUCCGGGCUUUGUUUUUUUCCGGUUUUGGACUUGGAAAAACACUUUCCACCAUGCACAAGCUAUACAUUGGGAAUCUAAGCGACAGCGUGACUGCCGAGGACCUAGGAAAAACCUUUGACGACCACAAGAUCCCAUACUCCGGACAGUUUCUAAUGAAAACCGGCUAUGCGUUUGUGGAUUGUCCGGACGAUCAGUGGGCCAUAAAGGCUAUCGAGACGUUUUCUGGUAAAGUGGAACUUCAAGGGAAACGUAUUGAGGUCGAGCACUCCGUCCCCAAGAAGCAAAGGACCAGGAAAUUGCAGAUCAGAAACAUUCCACCUCACCUGCAGUGGGAGGUGCUGGAUGGUCUGUUGGCCCAGUGUGGAACCGUAGAGAACUGUGAACAAGUGAACACAGACAGUGAAACUGCAGUGGUUAACGUCACAUAUGGAUCCCGGGAGCAUGCCAGGCAAGCCAUCCAGAAGCUGAAUGGAUACCAGUUUGAGAACAAUGCCCUGCGUGUCUCCUACAUCCCCGACGAGCACUCCGAGGUGGAGGGAGGCCAGCGGGGGCCCGAUAAUGGGCGGCGCGGUUACGGGCCCCGAGGCGGGCCUCGCGGCGGCUCCCCGAGCUCUGGGAUGCCCUCCAAACCUCCCCACGCCGACAUCCCUCUGAGACUGCUGGUAUCCACACAGUACGUCGGAGCCAUCAUUGGAAAGGAGGGAGCCACCAUUCGCAACAUCACCAAGCAGACGCAGAGCAAGAUUGACGUGCACCGCAAGGAGAACGCAGGAGCUGCCGAGAAGCCGAUCAGCAUCCACUCAACCCCCGAGGGCUGCUCAGCCGCCUGCCGCAUGAUCCUGGACAUCAUGCACCAGGAGGCUAAAGACACCAAGACUGCCGACGAGGUUCCUCUCAAGAUUCUGGCUCACAACAACUUUGUCGGACGCCUGAUCGGGAAGGAGGGACGCAACUUGAAAAAAGUUGAACAGGACACAGACACCAAGAUCACCAUCUCCCCUCUUCAGGACCUGACACUGUACAAUCCAGAGAGAACCAUCACAGUCAAAGGCUCGAUCGAAGCCUGCUGUCAUGCCGAGGUGGAGGUGAUGAAGAAGGUCCGAGAGGCCUACGAGAACGACAUCGCUGCCAUGAAUCAACAGACCCACCUGAUCCCAGGGCUCAACCUCGGGGCUCUGGGCCUCUUCCCCUCCUCCUCCAAUAUGCCCCCACCCCCUCCUGGUAACGCGUCCGGGGGUGCCCCCUAUGGUUGCUUCGGGGCUCCAGAGCAGGAGACGGUCCAUGUGUACAUCCCAGCACAGGCAGUGGGAGCCAUCAUUGGAAAGAAAGGACAGCACAUCAAACAGCUGAGCCGCUUCGCUGGGGCCUCCAUCAAGAUCGCCCCGGCUGAAUCUCCAGACUCCAAAAUGAGGAUGGUGAUAGUGACCGGACCCCCCGAAGCUCAGUUUAAGGCUCAGGGCCGAAUCUAUGGCAAACUGAAGGAGGAGAACUUCUUUGGGCCCAAGGAGGAGGUCAAACUGGAGACUCACAUCAAGAUGGCCGCUGCUGCUGCAGGCAGGGUCAUUGGCAAGGGAGGAAAGACGGUGAAUGAGCUGCAGAACCUGACAGCGGCCGAGGUGGUGGUCCCCAGGGAACAGACCCCGGAUGAAAACGACCAGGUCAUAGUCAAGAUCAACGGACACUUCUACGCCAGCCAGUUGGCUCAGAGGAAGAUCCGGGACAUCCUGACCCAGGUCAAACAGCCCCAGAAAGGCGGCAUGGGCCAGGGCCCUAACCCGAACCCCCAGGGCUUUACAGAGAUGGGCAGCCCCACGCAGGGACUGAGUCAGGAGCACCAGCCGCGCAGGAAGUGAGGGCCCCGCACCUUUCUCACAUGCCAUGGGGGCCCCUGCCUGACGGACAGACAGACAGACGGACAGACUCAAGCACGGACGGAUAGACAGACGGAUACAGGAGAGCGACACACGGACCCAGCGAUAGACAGGGAGAGAUAUAAAGAGGGAGGGAGUACGCCCGACCGCCAGAGAGAAAGAUCUGCGUUAAAAAGAGAGGAAGAGAGAAGAUGAAUCAAAUCAAAAGAUGAAAUGAAUUACAACAAAAAAAAAACAGAAUUAAGAUGAAACGUAACUUGAAAACAGAAACCAGAUGCCAGGCCAGAAGAGAGACUGAGUGAUGAUGGAGGGAUGAAGGAAAGGAGAGAUGGAGAGAGGGAGGAGCGGUGUCCUCCUGGUGUGCCUGGGUAGGGCUCCAUCAGACAGGUGGAAACAACACCAUGACUCUCCCACCUGAGACACACUAGCAGGGGCCCGUUAGUUCCUCUGUCGGCCCUUAUAGACCUCUCCCACCAUCUGCAGUCAGUCCUGUAUUUUAAGGGUGUUUUGUUUUUUUAAAACAUAGAGAUAUAUGUAUAGAAAUGUUUUAUUCAGAGCUAUUAUUGAUAGAAUGCAGUGAGGCAGAGCCGGGAGAGAGAGCAGGGAAACUGCUGCAGCGGCACAGGGGGGAUAGGUCACGGGUCCGGCAUUAGCCCCACCCACCCCUAACCUCCGAGCCAAUGAAAGUCUAGAAGAGGGGCCGCAGAUGUUAACACUGCUCUUAUAAAGACCUCUCCGAAUAGCGGAGAGUUUAGGAGGAAAAUAGGAGGUUGUAAAUAUAUAAUCUUCAUGUAAAUGUUAAGAAAUGCUGUGUCUGGCCGCCUUGCCUUUAAAAAAAAAGAAAAAAAAGAAAAAAAAGGGGACUUCUGUAUAUUUCCCAGUCUCCAGUCUAUGAUAUGUAGCAUAAAGGUAGCCUACAACGCGGCCGGAGGCUGGGGAGGCACUGAGGCCCUUUCCACGUUUAGCCGUGUGGCGGAAGGCGCAGCAAGAGACAGAAAGGGGAUCGGCAGUCGCAGCUGGUCCUGCAGUUCUAUUGCAGCGGCUCAGCUCACACAUGUGAAACCAUUGUAAAACACCUUUGUAAAAAAA